CUUGAAACUCACCCAAAUCCAAUAUCAAACAUUCCUCCCUUCCUUUUCAUAAAUCCCAACACAAACAAUAUAUAUACAGUCUGAACUUUUCUUUUCCCAUAAAUUAAGCCAUUAAAAUGGAGGCCAUUGUGUCGCAGAUUGAGCUUAGCAACAAGGAGAACAGAGUACCAUACAAGACCCAAUGUUGCUCAAACAAUAACUUCCUUUCUGUUGGAAUUGGAAAGGCUAAAUUUUCGAACCCAAUUGUGGGAAGAAGAAGAUGGCCACUUCAAGACAUAACUCAAUUGUUCAUCAAUGUACAGUCACGGCAGCCACCAUUCCGAUUCAACGCUGAUGGGUUUUGCUCUGGUUUUCAAGUUCAGAACUCUGUUUUGUCUGUUGGGCAUUGUCGGAAAAGAAAGAGGGAUGCUGUUAAUUAUUAUGGGAUUGAUUCCACGAGGAAAGACGCCGGCAAGAUUCUCAGACAUGGGUUUCGAUGAUUUUCUCUUAUUUUCUGGAUUUCUUUCGUAGGUAGCGUCUGGUGUAUACAAUAAUACAAUAGCCAUGAAGGAGAAGC